UUGGUCCCCCUUCUCUAUCCUAUUUCUGCCCCACAAUACCUGCAAGGCAAUCCAUUAUUUUAGAAGCAACUAUUGGUCUUCAUGGCAUGGAAGAUUGUUUCUGAUGCAGCAGAAAUCAUCAGAAAAAAAAAACAAAAAAAAGCUUCUAGGAAAGGCAGAUAAUGGCCCAUAUAAUGGAUGGUAACAAUGAUGACCCAUUUCCCCAUCUGGGGAGUGUGUAUCGAAAAGGUUCUGGUAGUCCCCUUGUUAAGCAGUUGAGUAAAAAUGGUAAUAUUGCUGCAGAAGGCAGUGGUCCUAAGAACUCUAUUCCUAGUGCAUGGGGGCGUUCAACAUUGAUGCAUAAGCUGGGGGUACAAACUAGUGGCAAUGGUAGGACAAUUCAAAAUGCUAGUUCAGAGAAUUUCUCUAGCUGUAGAAAUGAAUUUUCUUCUCAACAGAACAACAAGGAUAAGCAGGGUGCGAAAUCAUGGAAUGUACCUACUCCUCAAGUUGGCUUUCCCCAGUUGAAUAAUGAGGAAGAUAGGAUCGCCAAGGAUGAAUUCUCCAAUCGCCGAGUUGGUAGUUUUGAUGCUGAUGGGAAUGAUGAUGAAGUGUUGUUUGUCAGUAGUGAUGAUGAUGAUAUGUUUGAUGAUGAUUCUGAUUUGGAAAAGAGCCAUGAGACAUGCAAGAAAAGUAAGUGGUUUAACCAAUUCUUUCAGAGUAUGGAUGAGCUGACUGCUGAGGAGAUAAAUUCUCCAGGAAGAGAGUGGCAUUGCCCUGCUUGCAAAGGGGGUCCUGGUGCCAUUGAUUGGUAUAGAGGCCUAGAGCCCCUAAUGUAUCAUGCUAUGACUAGAAAGACAAGAAGAGUAAAGCUCCAUCGUGUCUUUACUGAAGUUUUGGAUGAGGAGACGCGGAGGAGGGGAAUUUCAGUUGCACCAGUUGGUGUAGCCUAUGAUAGAUGGCAAGGUUUAAAUGGGAAAGUCAAAGACUAUGAAAUAGUUUGGCCUCCAAUGGUUAUAAUCAUGAACACAAGAUAUGAGAUGGAGGAUCAUGGCAAGUGGAUUGGGAUGGGAAACCAAGAGCUUCUAGAUUACUUCAAAUCAUAUGCUGCAGUGAAGGCUCGACAUUCAUAUGGUCCACAAGGACAUAGAGGGAUGAGUGUGUUGAUUUUUGGUGGCACAGCAGCAGGUUAUUUAGAGGCCGCUCGCCUGCAUAGGCAUUUUGAAGAUCAAGGAAGAGACAGGGAUGCCUGGAACCGUUGUAGAUUCCAAUUCUGUUCAGGUGGGAAGCGCCAACUCUGUGGCUACAUGGCUUUGAAAGAAGAUAUGGAAAUUUUCAAUCUGCAUUGUCAAGGGAAGUCCAAGUUGAAAUUUGAAAUGAGGUCAUACCAAGAGAUGGUUGGGGCACAGAUUAAGCUACUAAAUGAAGAUAGCCAAGAACUUGUCAAGGUCAAGGAAGAGAUUGCUAAGGAGCAAAAACUUUCACAAGUUCUAGCUGAGUCUGUAAGCAGAUUGAGUCAAAAGCUGCGGAAGUCUGAAGCAACAAACUACAGUAUGAGAGAGCGAACUGAGUUGCUACUUGAACAGAAGAACAAAGAGUUGGAUUCCCAGGAACAGUUUUUCUUGGAUCAAAUCAAAAGCAUCCGUCAAGCUAUAAAUGUGAAAGAAGAUAAUUUUGAGAAGUUACAACAAGCUAAGAGGGAGAAAGUUGAGCAAUCAAAUGCAAAUCUCUCAACCAUAAGGGAUACACAAAGGAUGGAGGAUACUGCAAAUUUCAACAUCCAGGGUAAGGAAAUGGAAGAAUUUGAAGCAGAGAGGAAGAGACUGAUAAAAAGCCAUGAAGACAAAAAAGCUUUAGCUUUGAUCAAACAUUGGGAAGAGCUGGUACUGAUGGAAAAGGAGCUUGAAAAUGAACUGACCCAACUAAUGGAAAAGUACAACAAAUGAAUAUCCUCAAGUACAAAGCAAAGCUAGUUGAGAAAUACUGAUACCAGAAUCUAUACAGGCAUAAAAAGCAGAAGGGAGGAGAUAAUCCUUUUUUAAAAAAAAAAAAAGAAAGAAAAUAGAGUAAAGAAUUAAGACUCCAAUCCAAUUCAAUACACAAUAUUCAAUUCUGGUUUUUGCUUAAUGAAUUUUUGUUAUUUUAUUACAAAUGGGAUUUUGAGUCAAUAAAUUGGCAUGGCGCUCCUUUUGUGUUAGAACUUAAAA